AUGGGUAGCGAAGUGAAAAGUAACGAUGAACUGAAAGAAAUAUGUAAAGAAAAUGUUAAAAAAAAUAAUGUGCAAGAGGCGAAAGUUACUUUUCUUGAUGCAACGCAACAUUCUUUCUUUAUUAAAAAACGUGCAACUGGUGGUGAACUUUUUAACGAAGUCGUAUCGUAUAUUCAUUUGAAUGAAAAGGAAUACUUUUCACUUUCAUUUGGUGACAAUACUGGUACUCAGUUAUGGCUUUGCAACGAUAAACGAAUUUCGAAACAAUUGAAAGGCGAACCUUGGAUAUUUAAUUUUCGUGUGAAGUUUUAUCCAGUCGAUCCAACUACGCUUAACGAUGAUUUAACACGUUAUCAAAUGUGCCUUCAAAUACGUAGUGACAUUUAUAGUGGAAAAAUAUCAGCAACAUUUGCAACUUAUGCAUUGCUUGGAUCUUAUAUAGUUCAGUCGGAAUUUGGUGAUUAUAGUGUUUCGCCUGAAUAUGAUAGUUUUUUGCGAAAUAUUCAUUUAGCUCCAGUUUUAAGUGAUGCUUUACUUGAUAAAGUUCAAAGUCUACAUAAGCAACACAAAGGUCAGAGUCCAGCUGACGCUGACCUCCAAUAUUUAGAAAAUGCUAAAAAACUAAGUUUAUAUGGAAUAUCAACAACACUUGCAAAGGAUAGUAAAGGUAAUGCGGUGGCUUUCGGUAUUGGCGCUCACGGUAUUCAUAUAUAUCAAGAUCGAAUUCGGAUUUAUCGUUUUAUUUGGCAAAAUAUUAUAAAAAUUGCAUAUAAACGUAAUAUAUUCACCAUAAAAUUACGACGGGGUGAAUUAGAAAAAAAUGAGACCAAUAUUUCUUUCAAAUUCGCAGAUUACGAAACUGCUAAACGAGCUUGGAAAUUCGCUGUCGAGAAUCAUACUUUCUUCAGGUUGAUUCGACCUGACGAGAAACCGCGUAAAGGGUUUUUGCAUUGGGGAUCGGGUAAAUUCAGUUAUCAGGGCCGAACUCAAUUCCAGUCAAAAAUGGCAUCACAGAUGUUUGGUAAUUCAGCGCCAAACAUUCAGCGAUCUCAGAGUGCUCGAUUUUCGUGUAAAAGUGAUGGAAAUGGUGCGUUUUUUAAUUUACUACCAAUGUUAGAAAUUUAUAUAGAGUCUGAGAAUUUUCUCUUAAUAAAGUCAAUAUCACAUAACACAUCGCAUUUCAUCGAAUUCAAUUUGCAACGAUUGAAUUUCUUGUGA